AUGGCGCCGUCCGGGCCGCUGCUGCGGCUGCUGCUGCUCGGGCUGCUGGCGGGCGCGCCGGCCGCGGCCUCCCUCCUGCGGGCCCGGGGCUGCCGGCGGCCCCUGCGGGCGGACCAGCUGUCGGGGCUGGGGCGCAGGACGUACCCCCGGCCUCAUGAGUACCUGUCCCCGUCGGACCUGCCCAAGAGCUGGGACUGGCGCAACGUGAACGGAGUCAACUACGCCAGCGCCACCAGGAACCAGCACAUCCCCCAGUACUGCGGCUCCUGCUGGGCCCACGGCAGCACCAGCGCCAUGGCGGACAGGAUCAACAUCAAGAGGAAGGGAGCCUGGCCCUCCACCCUGCUGUCCGUGCAGCACGUCCUCGACUGCGCCAACGCGGGCUCCUGUGAGGGCGGCAAUGACCUGCCGGUGUGGAGCUACGCCCACGAGCACGGCAUCCCGGACGAGACCUGCAACAACUACCAGGCUAAGGACCAGGAGUGCAACAAGUUCAACCAGUGCGGAACGUGUACCGAGUUCAAGGAGUGCCACGCCAUCCAGAACUACACGCUCUGGAGAGUCGGCGACUAUGGCUCCCUCUCCGGCAGGGAGAAGAUGAUGGCCGAGAUCUACGCCAACGGCCCCAUCAGCUGCGGAAUCAUGGCGACGGAGAAGAUGGUCAACUACACGGGAGGCAUCCACGCGGAGUACCAGGAGCAGGCCUACAUAAACCACGUCAUCUCUGUGGUGGGCUGGGGUGUCAGCGACGGCACCGAGUACUGGAUCGUCCGGAAUUCGUGGGGAGAACCGUGGGGUGAGCGCGGCUGGAUGAGGAUAGUGACCAGCACCUAUAAAGACGGGAAGGGUGCCAGUUACAACCUUGCCGUCGAGGAGUACUGUACGUUUGGGGACCCCAUCGUCUAAGGCCCAGGCCCCCAGAAGAACAUUUUAGGAAAUGAUAUCGUGAAUCACAGUCAGAGGGGGUCCCAUCGUUACGGGCACUGGUUUGGUCCCGCCACGGUCUGAAGGGACGAGGGGUUGGCAUCCGGCUGGUCACGGCACCGCACACCUGUCACCACGCAGACCGCUGUGGCGCUGGCUGGAAGGGCGCUCCUGAGGGAGAGUCUGAAACGGGAUGGCUGAGACCCGGGUGCCAGCAGCUCCCCUGCCACCAUGACUGCGGCAAACCGUUUGCCUGGCAGAGGUGCAAUCUGUAAGGCAUUAAUGAUGUGACCUCCGGUCUCUUCGGUGCAUGAUUUGGUGUUUUCUAUUUGGCAGGUGUGGUGUCUAAUGUGGUAAAAAAGGGCAGACUUAUCACCAGUUCCUCUGUCACCUUGGAAUCAGUGGUGGGGGCGGAGGGAGAGGAUGGCCAUUUGAGAUUGCCCGAGUGAUGAAUAAAACACGUGACUCCCCACAGGA